GGAGGUGGUAGAAAAGGGCGGAUUUAGGAGGCGGCGGGAGAUCCUCGGUGGCUCAGUCCCGGAGCUGGAUUAAUUUUGUCACUGAUUUCACAGUCCGGUAGAUUCAGGCCACAUCUGUCCGUCUCUGAUUGGCGGUUUCUUGCCCAAUGGGGCGUCGCUACUGAUCAUUUUAAUUUAAAAUGUCACCAGCUGGGGUUUGGGCAGGAGCCUGAGCCCUGGGGCCUGAUCAUGGACGCCACUCCGCCUGGAUCUGACCACGGGUCUCCACCCCUCCGAUAUGACCGGUGUCCACAGACUCCACCCCAGGAAUCGGGCCACUGGAUCUGAGACCUGCGAUCCACCUGCUAGACUCCCAUUUCCUAGGAUGCAACACAGGAACUCCAUCCCCCGAUCUUUCCCUUGGGACCUAACACCCGGGAUUCAACCCGUGGAAUCCAAUCAUUGAACUGCGUCCAAUGGAAUCUUUCCCAUGGGCUAUAGGGUGUGGAAUCUUAACGACGGGACACGACCCGUGGAAUCCAACCCAUGGAGGCACAAGACGCUGGAAUUAGGAGCAGCGAACCAUCUGCUGUAGGAACUCAGUGGGUCUGUGAUGCAGGGUUUUGACAGAAAAUGUUGACAAUUUCUUUCCUCCAAGACAGCAGAUUGCUUGUAUCAUCAUUCCAUGGAUUCUGACACAUGAAGUUCAUUCCCUGGAGUUUCAGUAUUUUGGUAUUUACAUGGUAGGGUAGGGUGCUGGAGUUUAUGGCAAAGGAGAUGUGAGAGACUAAAGAUGCUGGAAUCUGGAGCAACACAUAAAAUGCUGGAGGAACUCAGUUAGGCCACAUCAGGGUCUCAGCCCAAAACGUCGACUGUACUUCUUCCUAUAGAUGCUGCCUGACCUGCGUUCCACCAGCAUUUUGUGUGUCUAGGCCACUUCUGUAGGGGGAAAUGGACAGUGAACAUUUUACGUUAAGACCUUACAUCUUGUGUGAAGAUAGAGGGAAUAGAGCUUCCCAUCACCAAUCAUCUUCCACCUCCCACUUCCCUCCCAUCCUCUCUCAUUAUCUCCCCUCUCCACUCCUCCAUCUGCCUAACACCUCUCCUCAUCUUGAUCCACCCAUCAUUUGCUGCUCCUGCCCCACUCCUUCUCUUCAGCUCUUAAUACUGGCUGCCACCCCAACUCUUAAAGAAACUUGUGUUUACCUGCUUCUUGGGACCGCAUCACAAUGGAGCUUAUGAGAAAUGAAUUAUCAAAGAAAAGUUCACAGCAGAUUUGAUGCAAUGUGCCUCUGCCGGGGCAGCUUCCUUGUGCCAAUCUUUAGUCAAGUGGCAAUAGUACUGUGGUUGCAAUGCACACUCUGACAUGCCACUAAAUCACACUCAUAAACACCAGAGAUUCUGCAGAUGCUGGAAAUCUUGAGGAACACAUGCAAAAUGCUGGAGGCACUCUACAGGUCAGGCAGCAUUUAUGGAGGGGAAUAACCAGUUGACAUUUUGGUCUGAGAUAUGGUGAAGGGUCUCAGCUCAAAACAUUAACUGUUUAUUCUUGUCGGAAUAACCGACAAAACGUGGAGGCACCUUUGAAAACUACAGCCCCGAACGGCCCUGUGAUUUCAGACUACGAGUCCAACGUGAGAGAAGGUGAACUCACAGAAAGGCCGGAUGGAGUACCAGGCUGAGUACUGGUCAACUGGCUGGAGUGUUCACUGAUAUACUUAACCUCUCGCUGCAGUAAUCAAAGAUACCCGACCCGCCUGCUUCAAUACCGGUGCCCAAGAGAAACACGGUAUCCUGCCUAAGUGACUUAUGUCCAGUAGCACUUGGAUCCACUGUAAUGAGGUGCUUUGAGAGGUCAGUGAUGAAACAUGUCAGCUCCUGUCUGAGCAGAUGGCAUUUCAUUUUUUCUUCACUGGUACCUGGAACAUCUGACACAUACAUCAGGCUGCUCUUCAUUGACUACAGCUCGGCAUUCAAAACUAUCAACCCCGCAAAACUAAUCAAUAAGCUUCAAGACCUCGGCCUCAGUACCUUUGUGCAACUGGAUCCUCGAUUUCCUCACUUGCAGACCCCAGUGGGUGGACCACUAGCCCUGGCAAUCAACAGGCGUGCUGGGCAUGGAGCCUCAGGGGAUUGUAAAGGCAUUUCGAAAGGUGAAACGAGGCCAGGAGAUCCACUCAACCACAGCAGGGACACCCCAGAAAAAGGCAAAGCCAAAGGAAGUCGAAGAGCAGUGGCUGAGUGGAGUGACAGCAUAUAUCGUCCAGGCGGGGAUCGGAAAGACCCGGACAGAAAUCUUUCAGAAGCAGAUCACACAGAAUGGUGGCGAGGUCCUCCUGGCCUUCAGCCCAGCAGUGACCCACGUGAUCGUGGAAGAUGGGAUGGACUGUGACCGAGCCCUGCGGCUCCUGAGGUGCGAGGUGCAUCCUCCCGAUGUCCAUGUGUUGCGCUCCGCCUGGCUCAGCUCGUGUAUCUCAGAGCGGAGACUUCUGAGCCCCUCGGGCUACAGCAUCUUCAGCCUGGAUGACCGUCAGCCACCAGAACAGCAGGACCAUCCUCAGAGACCAGGGGGUGAAGAGCAAGAAGGGAACAAGUGUGCUGAGGUGAACAAGCAGUCUUCACUGUUGCCGGAUGUGAACAACACAAGGCCAAAGGAGCCUCUGGUUGAGCACCAGCAAGGUAUUACCACCAAGGAAAAUGUGGAAACAUUUCAGGACUCUGCAGCCCAGUUCUCCAACGCUGACAGCAACAGUGAUUCUGAGGAUGACAGUGUCUCCCAGCUUGACCUGCAGGCUCUGAUCUCUGGGGACAGGCGUCCAGCUGCCAGCCCUGAACUCCCAGAAAAGGGUGUUAGCAGGAAAUGGGUGUGUUCUCAGUCAUCGGAAAGCAAGAAGGUGAACCACAACAAGGCCAUCACGGACAAGUUGAAGGUACUGGAGACAGCAUAUACACAUCAGGGUGACAGAUGGAGAGUGCUGGGAUAUGGCAAGGCCAUCAACGCUCUGAAGAGUUAUCAUAAAUCAAUCUCCUCCUAUGAGGAAGCCUGUCAGAUCCCGGGAAUCGGCAAGCGUAUGGCCGAGAAGAUUUGGGAGAUCGUGGAAACUGGGCACCUGCGCAAGCUGGACUACAUCAGCGACAGCGUGUCUGUGCUGGAGGUUUUUGCCAACAUCUGGGGGGCCGGUGUGAAGACAGCCCAGGUGUGGUACCAGCAGGGCUUCAGAACUUUAGAGGACAUUAAGACGAAAGCCAGUCUCACCAGUCAGCAGACAAUUGGCCUCAAACACUACCAUGAUUUCCUGGAUCGGAUGCCCCGAGAAGAGGCCGCUGAGAUUGAGAACACCGUGUGCAACAUGGCUCGCUCCAUUAAUCCAGGCCUGAUCGGCUUCGCCUGCGGCUCCUUCCGCCGUGGAAAGCCCACCUGUGGCGACGUGGAUGUCCUCAUCACACAUCCUGAUGGAAAGUCACACAGAGGCGUCUUCAGCAAACUCCUCGACGGUCUGAAAGACCAAGGGUUCAUCACGGAUGACCUGGUGUGUCAGGAACAGAACAGGAACCAGGUGAAGUAUCUGGGUGUUUGCCGGCUGCCGGGGUGUACGCGCCGCUACCGCAGGCUUGACAUCAUCGUGGUCCCGUACACGGAGUUUGCCUGUGCCCUGGUGUACUUCACUGGCUCUGCAUACUUCAACCGCUCCAUGCGCGCCUUGGCCAAAACCAAGAACAUGAGUCUGUCUGAGCACUCGCUAAAGAGCCAGGUGCUUAGGGAGGGUGGGACUAAGGUCAGCUACGGCCACACUGUUCCCACGCCCACCGAGGAGGCCAUCUUCCAACAACUGGGGCUGGUGUACAGGAAGCCACAGGAGAGGGACUGGUGA